AAUGAGAAGGAGGGACCAAGGACCAAAUACUGUAUGGAGUAGAGCUAAAAUUUCGGAUGCCAUAACUACUCGUCAUGAUAAGUGCUUGCUUGUUUCGGAGAAGCAAGAAAGAGCCUCGGGGACCAUAGGUUCAACAUUGAUAAUAGAGGCAUUCGAUUUAGAGGUUGAUGAAGUUGCAACUGGAGAGGCAACAAGGCAGUUUGAUUUUGGAAAAGAAAUAGGGGAAUGGGAGAAAGAAGGAGAGUCGAGUGUGCGAUUGUUAGGUGAUGGAGAUAAGCGA